AUGAAGUAUCGAGGUGAGGGGGAGGGGGAAGGGGAAGGGGGAACAGAAGAAACCAAGGCAGCAGCAGCAGCAGCAGUAGCAGGAGCAGCAGAAGCAGCGCACCCGCACCGACCAGAUAACCCCCCCACCAAUGAAGGACAGUCUGGUGUGAGGCUCCACAUCCGUCUUCGCACAGCAUCACCCGCGGUAAUAUCUAUGGCGUUCGUUCUGCUGGUGCCAGCAGCAGGCGCGGCGGUCCUGGGAUUUAAGGCCUUGCUUGGAAAGAAUAAGUCGGCCGACGGGUCAUCUAAGAAGCUCGUAGGCGACAAGGCUGAUAACAAAACCCCCCUGACUAAUACUUCCCCUGUCGACGACUCAAGCGCUAUGGAUAAUGCCGGCGACUCGGACGCCGAAAUGAGCAUGGAGGGACACGUUGACGAAUCCUACGGUCCGAAUUCACGUGAGGGAGCAGGCGCGCAGCCGCAGCAGCCGCCAGACGGAGGAUCUAACUUCGCCGGAGAAGCAGACGCUGGUUCAAGCGGUGCGGCGGACGCGAAUUCAAGCGGCGCGACAGACGCAAAUACCCUUCUGAGUAGCGAUGAGGAAGAGGAAACUGCACCGGAUACCAUGGCUGGUGAACCGACCAAGUGCACAUUCCACGAGGCUUCACAAGAACAAGGAGCGAAAACUCCGGUCGAUGAGGAGAAGGAACAGCGAGCACCAGGCAACGAGAUGGCGUCGCCCUCUGGAACAAAUCCGACGAAUGAAUCUGGCGUGGACAAUGCGGGUGCAUCCGAGAACGAGGGCGAUCGCAGCGGAAGGGACGACGGUCGCUUGGCCGGAUUGGCGGAGUAUCACGCCGCAGAGCCCCUGACGCCUCCUGAGGUGCUUCGGAAUCAUUCUUCAGGGCCCCUGAUGGCCUUAAAGCCCAUGGCGUCGCAGGAGCAUGCAUGCCCGGAAGAUGCGGGGAAGGUCCAGGCGGAAGAUAUGGCGCUGCUGGCGAUGAUUGGCGCGAUUCAGGGGAAGCCGGCGCGAGAGAGCGCGGAAUGCGUGACUCGUGUCCCGGCAAAAGCGGGGAGUGGAACGUGUUGUAUCGAGAAUGCAGGCGAAUUCGUUGGUGAAAAUGCCGCUUUUCACGGAAAUGGUGCAGCUGGAGAGGGUCCAGACGGCGGAAUUGCCUCUGCGGACGAUUGCGGGGAUAAUACGGAUGGGACUGCGGCGGGUAGAGCAGCAGAAUCGUCUGUUCCACGAGCAGCAGUUUCAUCUGUAGCCGUUACCACUUCGCUGUCCCCCCAGUCCGCCAUUCCCGAGGACUCGCGUCCGGCGGAGCGAGUCGGAACCCGCGGAGAAGCGGAGGGCAAGCGCGCGGAGCUGUCGGAGCUGCAGCGCGAGCUGCGGGAACUGGGGGCGGCGCUUCAGGCGGAGGCGGAGAGGGAGCGCGUGCUAGAGAGCGAUAUAGAGGCGUCGGAAAACGGGGGUGGAGAGGAGCCGAGUGCGGAAGAGAGCACGGCGGAAGGAGGCGGGGAAACAGCGGGUCUCCGGACCGCGGGAGAAGGCGGAGAGAGGGAGAACUGCGCAAACGGUAACGGGAUCGAAUUCUCCUAUGAAGAAUCGGAGGGAAGCAAUGGCGCCAUGGAUGUGCGUAGUGACAUUUUCUUUGGCGUCUCGCCUUCUGGACAAGAAGCCGCCGGAAACUCGCGCUGUGCUGCUGGUUGCUUACACGGGAGUGCCGAAAGCCUCGAGAGCGGAGUGAAGGGGAGAGAGAGGCCAGGUGCGGGGAAGCACGGCGCGCGGAACGGCCGCGGGAGCAGCGUUUGGAGGAAUGCGGCGCAUGGGAGGGGCCGUGGGCGGGUUGCGCUUGCGCCGCACGGUGUGCGCGGGGUUCCCGAGACGGCCGCGGUGGUGAAAGGACGUGAGCAGCAGGGGCAGCAGCGGGAGUGGGAGGCUGAGCGGCGGAUUAGGCGGGCGGAGGCGGUGGGGAAGAAGCGCGCAGACGAGGAGAGAGGCGCGGAGAAUGGUGGGGAUGAGAUGCGGUUGCGGGAGGUGGAGAGGAGGGAGAGGGAGCUGGAGGAGUGGCUGAAAAGGAUGGAGGAGCGGGAGAAAGAGGUGGAGGAGAGAGGAAGAGAGGUGGAAGAGAAUGGAAGGAAGGUGGAGGAAGAGCGGGGGAGGGUUCAGAUGGAGAGAGAGGAGGUGAUGGUGAUGCGACUAGCGAAUGACGAGAAGAAAAAGGAGGUGGGGAGAUGGGCGGAGGAAGUGAGGGGUGCGGAGGCAGCGGUUAAGGUGAGAGAAGAGGAGGUGGAGUGGCGGGGGGUGGUGGUUGGGAAGCGCGAGGAGGACGUUGCGGGGCGAGAGGAGGUCGUGGGUCGACGGGAAGAGAAGGUGGUUGCACGAGAGGAAGCGGUGAUGCGGCGCGAGGAGGAGGCUGAUACGAGGACGCGUGAGGUGGAGGGGAGAGAGGAGGAGGCCGAGGAGAGGCGGAGAAUGAUGGAGGGGGAAUUGGAGAGGUUAGCAGGGGAGUUGGCGCAAGUGGAGAAACUGAGAGAGGCGUGCGGGGAGAAGGAGGCAGAGGCGGAGAGGCGAUUAGAGGAGGUGAAUGGACGAGAGGAGGAGGUGAAGGGACGAGAGGAGGAGGUGAAGGGACGAGAGGAGGAGGUGAAGAAAAGGGAGGAGGAGGUGGAGAGGCGAGAGGAGGAGGUCAAGGGACGCGCUGAGCAAGUAGGAGAGCGGGAGGAGGAGGUGGAGAAGCGGUUCUGUGAGGUGAAGGGUCGAUUGGCAGAGGUGGAAGAGGAAGCGGACGAGGUCAGGAGACGCGUGAAGGAGGUGGAAGAGAGGGAGGGGGCCGUGGAGAGAAAGGAGGAGGAUAUCAAGCUUAAAGAGGAACAAAUGGUGGCGGCGGAGGUGAGGAGAGAGGGGGAUAUAAAGCUGAAAGAGGAAGAAGUUUCACGGAAAGUGGAAGAGAUGAAGCAGCAGGAGGAGGUGAUGGAGAGGAGGGAGAAGGAGUUGGAGGAGAGAGGAGAGGAAGUGGCGAGGCGAGAGAAGGAGGUGCAACAGCAGCUGCUGAGUUUGGACGAGAAACUGAGGGAGGUGGAGGAGAGAGGGGGAGAGGUGGGGGUACGAGAGGUGGGAGUAGCAGAGAGGGAGAGGCAGGUAGAGCAGGAGAAGGAAGAGGUCACGAAGAGGGAAACAGAGGUGGGUUUACGAGAGGAGGAGGUGAGGAGGAGGGAGAGGGACGUUGCUGAGAAAGAGGAGGAGGUGAGGAGAAGAGAGGGUGAGUGUGUGCGGGAGAGGAGGGUGGAGGAGGAGAUGGAAGGGAUGAGGGAGGCGAUGGGGCGGGUGGCGAGGGGGGCGGCUGGGAACGUGGAGAAGGAAGCAGAAGUGGAGGAGGCGAGGAGGGAGGUGAGGGAGAGGGAGGAGCAGGUGGAGGGGAGACGGCAGGAGGUGGAGCGGCAGGAGCAGGAGGUGCAGGCGCGGGCAGAGCAGGUGCAACGGCUGCUGGAGGAAGUGGAAACGCGCGAGAAUGCCGUGGCUGUGGCUGAAGGGAACGAGAGGGAGGUGGCAGAGGUGAUAGCAGCUAUGGGAAGGAAAGAGACGGAUUGGAAGGAGAAGGAGCUGCAGCUGCAAGAAGAGGUGAAGGAACUGCAGAGGGAGAAGGAGGCGAUGCAGGAGAAGGAGCGGGAAGCGGUUGUUGGGAGGGAGGCGAGUGGGAUGGAGGAGCAGAUGGGUGUGUUGACAGAGAGGAGGGAGAAGAUGGAUGUGCGAGAAGGGGAGCUCGUGGAGUGGGAGGGAAGGGUUAAGAGGCAAGAACUGGAGGUGGAGGGAAGAGAGGCGGCGAUGGGGGAGAGGGAGAGGGCAGUGGAGGAAAGGCAGGAGAGAGUGGGGGAGAGAGAGAGGGAGGUGGAAGGAAGAGAGAAGGAGGUGGGGGAGAAAGAGGCGAAGGUGACAGAGAGAGAAGACAAGGUGAAGGAAAGGGAAGAGAAGGUGUAUGUGAAGGAGGCGGAGGUGAGGGCGGGAGAGGAGGAGGUGGGUGCACGGGCGAGGCUAGUGGAGGAAGACACAGUGCGGGUGUGUGGAGACAUGGUUCGUGCAGAGGUACUGCUGAGUGAGGCCCAGGAACGAGCGGCAGAGGUGGAAAGACGAGUGGCGGAGUUGGAGGGACGAGAAGCCGAGGUGGAAAGGCGUGAGGCGGAUGUUGAGAGGCGCGAAGCUGGGGUGAAGGAGAGAGAGGAGGAGGUGGGGAGGAGGGAGGAAGUGAGGGCUGCUGAGCUGCAGCGGAGGGAGGAGGAGGUGGGGCAGCGAGAGAAGGAGGUGGCGAAGCGAGAGGAGGAGGUGGGUGCGGCGCAGAGGAGCGUGCGGGCGAAAGAGGAGGUGGUGGAUAGGCAGCUUCGCAUGGUGAUGGAGAGACAGGAAGAUGUGGCGCGGAGGGAGGAGCAUUUGAGAGACGAAGAGGAGGAGAAGGGGAGGGAAGAGGAGAACGCGGUGAAAGGAAGGGUUUUGGAGUUGGAAAGGAGGGCUGGGGAGAGGGAGGUGGAGGUGGCUGAAAGGGAAAGGCUAGUGGUUGAGAGAGAGGAGGAAGUGAGGAAGAGAGAGGUUGAGUGUGCAGCGAAGGAAGGGGAGGUGGAGGAGCGGGAGAGGAAGGUGGAGGAGGAGAUGGAGGGGAUGAGAGAGGCGAUGGGGCGGGUGGCGAAGGGGGCAGCUGGGAACGUGGAGAAGGAAGCAGAGGUGGAGGAGGCGAGGAGGGAGGUGAGGGAGAGGGAGGAGCAGGUGGAGGGGAGACGGCAGGAGGUGGAGCGGCAGGAGCAGGAGGUGCAGGCGCGGGCAGAGCAGGUGCAGCGGCUGCUGGAGGAAGUGGAAACGCGCGAGAAGGCCGUGGCUGUGGCUGAACGGGAGAGUUCUCUGAUACGGGAGAGGAAAGAAGUAGACGCAGCAGCUUGCAAGAACCAGGAAAAAGGAAGUGGGGAAGUGGGUGGGUUAGUAGCACGUGUGGCUGAAUUGGAAGAGGAACUGGAGCGGCAGCAGUGUGUCAUGAUGAAAAUGGAGGCGCUCAUAGCUGCUGCUAAUGCUGAGAUGAAGGACCUGAUCAGGCAGAAAGAAACAGCCGAGGAGGAGCUUAGGACGGCCGUUGAGAGAGAGGAGAGGGAGCGGGAGAAGGAGAGGGAGAGGGAGAAGGAAUGGGAGAAGGAGCGGGAAAAGGUGCGCCAGGAGAGGUUAGAGCAGGAGGAGAAGGAGAAGGAGCUGGAGAGGAGAGAAGCUGAAGUGGAGGAGGGUCUGGGUGAGGUGAAGAGAAGGGAGGUGGCACUGGUGGUGCGGGAACUGAGGGUGGAAGCAGAGUCAGAGGCGCUCGGAAGGGAGAUGGAUAGACUCGCGGCCAUGGCUGCUGCGAACGCAGAGAAGGCGUGUGAGCUGGAUGAGAAGCGAGAGCUGGUGGAUCAGAGGGAGGAUGCGGUUGGGAGGAGGGAGGCGGAGGUGGAGAGAAAGAUGGAGGAAGUGGGGAGGAGGGAGAGGGAGGUGGAGGAUGUUGUGAGCAGUAAGGGCAGGGAAGCAGAGGAGGAGGCGAAGGCAGAGAGUGAGAGGCUGACGGUGGAAGUGCAGCGGUUGAGAGAAGAGGUUGAGAGAGCUGAGGAGAGGUUGAGUAAGGCGAAGGAGGAGGUUAAACGGGCGGAUGAAGAGGUAGCGGUGCUUACUGUGCGGGAAGCUGAGAGGGGUGAGGCGGAGAAGAGGCUGAGAGGAGAGGUUAGUAGGCUCGAGAAAGAGAUUGGGCAGCUGAAGGAGAGAAUGAAGGAGAGAGGGUGUGAGAGCAGCAAGAUGGGCGAGGUGCUGAGGAGGAGGGAGGCGGAGUUAGAGCGGCAGGAGGAGGAGGUGAAGAAGCGAGUGAAGGAGGUUAUGGAUAAAGCGGCAAGGAUGGAAGAGAUGCGGAGGGAAGCCAAGGCCGGGGCUGAUAAGCGGAGCUCGGAUGUGGAGAUGCGGUGGAGAGAGGUGGAGAUGAAAGAGAGAGAGGUGGACAAGCGGAUGGCGCUGCUGCGAAAGAAAGAGGCGGAAAAGGAGAAGGAGCUAGAGGAGGAGAUGGAGAGAGUGCAGUCUGCUACAGCUCGAGUAGCCAAGGGUUUGGUGGCGAAUGCUGCUAAGGAGGCCGAGUUGGAAGGGAUGAGACGAGAGGUGGAAGAGCAGGGGAAGAAGGUCCGGAAGAUGGAGGAGGAGAUGGGGAUGGUGAUGGAGAGCGUGAGGAAGAAGGAGGAGGAGGUGGUGAGGCGGAUGGUCGAGUUUGAGGAGAGGAUAGAGGCGUUGGGGGUGCGGGAGAGGGAGGUGGAGUGGUGGAAGGAGGAGGCGGAGAGAGUGAGGAAGCAGGCUGCUGAAGUGGCUGAGGCAAGGGUUGUUAACGAGGAGAAGGCGAGAGAAAUGGCGGCACUGAGAGAUGCAGUGAGCGCUAAAGAGGAGGUGAUACGUGCCAAGGAGGAAGAGAUGAAAGGUAGAGAAGAGGGUGUGAGGGUGGAAAAGGAAGAGGUGAGGGCGAAGGAGGAGGGGAUGAAGGCGAGGGAGGAGGAGCUGGAGAGGCGAGAGGAGGAGGUGGUGUUGUGGGAGGAAGAGCUAAAGAAGGACAAGGAGAAGCUGGCAGAAGAGUUGGCGGGUCGGAGCAAGAGGGAGGCGGAGUGGAAGGAGAAGGAACGGCGGCUGCAGGUAGAGGUGGAGAGGCUGUUGGCGCUGGUGGAGCAAGCAGGCGCAGGAGGAGCAGGAGGGGGGGUAGGAGGAGCAGGAGUAGGGUCGCGGUUUGAAGGGGUGCAAGUAUCGCCAGGAGGGUGUUUUGAAGGGGCUCAAUAUACAGGGGCGCGUUUUGAGGGGGCGCUGACGCCAGGAGGGCGAUUUGAGGGGCUGCAGAAAGAAAGUGGGGCAUAUUUCGAUAGGGCUCUGCGAGAAAAGGCACGGUUCGAGACACUAGCAACGGCCGCAACGGCAGAUAGGGACAGGGUGAUGGGGGUGGUGAGCGGCAUGCUGCGAUCGCCAGGGAGUGCCGGGGCUGGAAGGGGCAUGGGCAGGGGCGGAGGGAUGGACGUGAGGAGCAGUGGGCACAUGCAGCUUAGGAGGAGUGCGAGUGGCAGCGGGUUUGGUAGCGGGGUUGUGUAUAAGAGUGCGAGCACGAAUGCUCUGUCGCACAAUAUGAGCUUUGGUUCGGCUGCUCAGAGGUCGCCCCGGAUUCCUGGUAGUGCGAGGCCUGGGAGCAGUGGUUCGGGGAGUGGCUCGGGCAGUGGUAUCGGUCUAGGCAUGGGCAUGGAUACAGUUCUGGAGACUGGUGGGCCAACUACUCCAGCCGCCGCUGCAGCAGCACCAGCAGCAGCAAGUGGAGCAUGGGGAGGAGCAGUGGAGGAUAAUUACUUGUAUCAGGCCAGCUUUAACAGGUGUGUGAGAAAGUCAACUUAG